AUGAAGUGGACCACUAUCUUGGUCGCUCUCGGUGCUGUCUCUACACAGGCUCUCGAAUCGCGCGACUUCGAUGGCAAGGUCACUUGCGGUGGUGGCUUGCCCGCCGAUUAUAAAGCAAUCAAGGGUGGUAUCGAUUAUCUGAAAGGCGUUGGUGGCACACCGGUGGAAGACCCGAAUAAGUGUGGCCGGGUGAGCUGCUCCUAUAAUUCCGCCAUCUACAUGUGUAACUGGACCAAUGAGAAACAAGCUCUCAAAUCAUUUGCCACGCUUGCCUCUGGUGCACAAGCAAUUAUUGAUAAAUGUACGAAUGACCUAGGUGUUGUUGGGAAGGUCGAGGCUCCAAAUGGAUGGGGUGUGGAGGUUGCCUAUGCUAGCUGUUAG